AUGGCAACCUACGCUCUGCAAAUCGCUGGACUGGUGCUUGGUGGAGUUGGCAUGGUGGGCACGGUGGCUGUCACCAUCAUGCCUCAGUGGAGGGUGUCUGCCUUCAUUGGAAGCAACAUCGUGGUGUUUGAAAACCUCUGGGAAGGACUGUGGAUGAAUUGCAUGAGGCAUGCCAACAUCAGGAUGCAAUGCAAAGUCUAUGAUUCCCUGCUGGCUCUUUCUCCAGACCUACAGGCUUCCCGAGGAUUGAUGUGUGCAGCUUCUGUGCUGUCCUUCCUGGCUUUUAUGACAGCCAUCCUUGGCAUGAAGUGUACCAGGUGUACUGGGGACAACGAGAACAUGAAGAGUCGCAUCCUGCUAACGUCUGGAAUCAUCUUCAUUGUCACAGGCAUGUUGGUGCUCAUCCCUGUGAGCUGGGUUGCCAAUUCCAUCAUCAGAGACUUCUACAACCCCAUAGUGGAUGCUGCCCAGAAACGUGAGCUGGGAGAAGCCCUCUACAUAGGUUGGACCACAGCACUGGUGCUGAUUGCUGGAGGGGCACUAUUCUGCUGUGCCUUCUGUGGCACUGAAAAGAGCAGUAGCUACAGAUACUCAAUACCAUCUCACCGCACCACUCAGAAGAGCUUUCACAUGGAAAAGAAGUCUCCGAGCAUAUAUUCCAAAAGUCAGUAUGUGUAG